GGGAGCGCGCAGAGGGAGCUGGUCGGCGGCCAUUUUCUCUCCGGAGCCGGCUGAUCCCUAGUGCAAGGGAAGCAGCCGAGCCAGCUCCCCUCCGCUGCACGGAGCAGCAGCUGGUGGUCAGAGAGGGAGGGGGCUUGGGGGGGCGUGCGGGAGGAGGAGCAGCCCCUCCUGCGUGGGGGCAGCCCGGCGGCAGCAGCAGUGGGAGGGAGGCAGCGAAGGUGGCACGGGGGUGACUGGGUUUGUGCCUCCCCUGGACGGGCAGCGGCUGCCCCUUCCCAAGCCCCGGUCAUUGCCCCUGUGCAGCGUCAGCCUGGGAGGCAGCAAGGGCGCCGCUCUAGAUGGGAUAAGCUGUAAACAUGUUCAGCUUUGAAGGGGAUUUCAAAACCAGGCCCAAGGUGUCUCUUGGAGGAGCAAGUCGGAAGGAAGAAAAGGCUUCUCUUCUGCAUCGUACCCAGGAAGAAAGGCGUAAACGAGAGGAAGAAAGACGAAGGCUGAAAAAUGCAAUAAUCAUCCAGUCCUUCGUACGGGGGUACAAGGCCAGAAAGUAUCAAUAUUCCAUCCAAAGAAGUGAAUUUGAUCGCUGUGCUAAUCUGGCACAAUCUGGAGGAACUGUCUCCAUUACCAGUGGAGCUAAUCUGACCCUUUUAGUACGUCAACUUCUGUUUUUUUAUAGACAGAAAGAGGAUUCUAAGCGUUUGAUAUGGAUGUGUCAGAACUUAAUUAAACAAAGUUCUCAGUUCGUUAAGCAGCUGGAUGGUCCUGACAGACUUACUUGCUUAUUCCAAAUAAAAAGACUAUUGGGCCUAUGUUGCAGGUUACUGCAAAACUGCAACGAUGACAGUCUGAAUGUUGCACUUCCUAUGAGAAUGCUUGAGGUAUUUUCAUCUGAGAAUACGUAUUUACCUGUUUUACAAGAUGCCAACUAUGUGGCAUCAGUAUUUGAACAAAUUUUGCACUACAUGGUUCAAAAAGGAUACUACAGGUCUCUUUAUUUGUUAAUUAAUAACAAGCUUCCAUCGAGUAUUGAAUAUUCUGAUGUCUCUCGAGUUCCUAUUGCAAAAAUACUGCUAGAGAAUGUUCUGAAACCAUUGCACUUUACAUAUAGCUCCUGUCCAGAGGGUGCAAGGCAACAGAUUUUUGCUGCCUUCACAGAGGAGUUUCUGGCAGCACCUUUUACAGAUCAGAUAUUCCAUUUCAUCAUUCCAGCACUUGCAGAUGUGCAAACACUUUUUCCUUAUGAACUCUUCCUGAAUGCAUUAUCAACAGAAAGCAGGCGUUCAAGAAAAAGUGAUAGAGCUCCAUGGCUCUUUUACUUUGUUUUGACAGUUGGUGAAACAUAUUUAGGAUCCCUUUCAGAGGAAGGGCUACUUGUGUACUUAAGGGUACUCCAAACAUUUCUUUCUCAGUUACCUGUGUCUGCUACUGGUGCAAAUUGUCAAGAUGCAACCAGUGAUUCUGAAGAUGAGGAGGAAGAAAUCAGUAAGAUGAUGACCAUACCUGGUGAUGGGAGAAUAUCAGUGCAGUAUAUAACUGAGGAGUGUCUAAAGAAACUGGAUACAAAACAACAGACAAACACUCUACUGAAUAUGGUCUGGAGAGAUUCAGCUAGUGAAGAAGUCUUCACGCUGAUGGCAUCAAUCUGCCACACACUAAUGGUGCAACACCGAAUGAUGGUGCCAAAAGUCAGGCUUCUUUACAGUUUAGCAUUUAAUGCCAGGUUCCUGAGGCAUCUUUGGUAUCUAAUCUCUUCAAUGACUACACGAAUGAUUACAGGGUCUAUGGUCCCACUGCUUCAGGUAAUAUCAAGGGGAUCGCCAAUGUCUUUAGAAGAUUCCAGUCGGAUCAUUCCACUCUUCUACCUUUUCAGUUCUUUAUUUAGUCAUUCACUUAUUUCUAUACAUGAUAAUGAAUUCUUUGGUGACCCUAUAGAAGGUCAAAGACAAUCAUCAAUGAUGCCUUUUACACUAGAAGAGCUGGUAAUAUUAUCACACUGCCUUCGAGAUGCAUGUUUAGGAAUCAUCAAGUUGGCUUACCCAGAAACAAAGCCAGAAGUUCGUGAGGAAUAUAUUGCAGCAUUUAGAAGUGUUGGAGUUACAACAAAUACAGAAAUGCAGCAAUGUAUACAAACAGAACAAAAACGAUGGAUUCAACUGUUUAAGGUCAUCACUAAUUUAGUGAAAAUGUUGAAAUCUAGAGACACAAGAAGGAAUUUUUGUCCACCAAAUCACUGGCUGUCAGAACAAGAAAACAUUAAAGCAGAUAAGGUUACACAGCUUUAUGUGCCAUCAGCCAGACAUGUUUGGAGAGUCAGAAGAAUGGGAAGAAUAGGACCACUGCAGUCUACUUUGGAUGUGGGUUUGGAGCCAGCACCUCUUUCUGUGUCCGAGGAACGACAACUUGCAAUUCUGACGGAGCUACCUUUUGUAGUUCCUUUUGAGGAAAGAGUAAAGAUCUUUCAAAGACUGAUUUAUGCAGAUAAACAGGAAGUUCAAGGAGAUGGUCCAUUUCUGGAUGGAAUUAAUGUCACUAUCCGAAGAAAUUAUAUUUAUGAAGAUGCUUAUGACAAACUUUCCCCUGAAAAUGAACCUGAUCUGAAAAAGCGAAUUCGUGUUCAUUUACUUAACGCACAUGGCCUGGAUGAAGCUGGUAUUGAUGGUGGCGGAAUUUUUAGAGAAUUUCUGAAUGAACUGCUUAAAUCAGGAUUUAACCCUAACCAGGGAUUUUUUAAGACCACUAACGAAGGACUUCUUUACCCUAACCCUGCUGCACAGAUGCUCGUUGGAGAUUCUUAUGCCAGACACUAUUACUUCCUUGGAAGGAUGCUUGGAAAGGCACUGUAUGAAAAUAUGCUGGUAGAGCUGCCAUUUGCUAGUUUUUUCCUCUCAAAGUUGCUGGGGACAAGUGCUGAUGUGGACAUUCAUCAUCUUGCUUCAUUAGAUCCAGAAAUGUACAAAAAUUUGCUUUUUCUCAAGAGCUACGAAGGGGAUGUAGAAGAACUUGGGCUAAACUUUACUGUGGUGAAUAAUGACCUUGGGGAGGCACAGGUAGUUGAACUGAAGCCAGGUGGAAAGGAUAUUCCUGUCACCAGCGCAAACAGAAUAGCCUACAUCCAUCUUGUAGCAGACUACAGACUAAACAAACAGAUUAGACAACAUUGCCUUGCAUUCCGACAGGGUCUUGCCAAUGUUGUUAAUCUCGAAUGUCUUAGGAUGUUUGAUCAGCAAGAAAUACAGGUUUUGAUUUCUGGUGCCCAGGUUCCCAUUAGUCUGGAUGACCUUAAAUCCUUCACAAACUAUUCAGGUGGAUACACUGCAGACCAUCCUGUAAUAAAAAUAUUUUGGAGAGUUGUGGAAAGCUUCACUGAUGAAGAGAAACGCAAACUACUCAAGUUCGUAACAAGCUGUUCUCGACCUCCUCUGUUGGGUUUUAAGGAGUUAUAUCCUGCAUUUUGCAUUCACAAUGGAGGCUCUGACCUAGACAGGCUGCCCACUGCCAGUACCUGCAUGAACUUGCUGAAACUUCCUGAGUUUUAUGAUGAAAACCUUAUGCGGAGCAAACUUCUUUACGCCAUUGAAUGUGCUGCUGGAUUUGAGCUGAGCUGAGUUGAACUGAGGUUUAAACAGAAGCUCUGCAGAGGAACUAACCAGUGCCUACUCCAUAAGCAGCACUCGUACCCAGGCAGAUGAAGGGAACUCAGUCUAGGUUUCUGCAGCUCUCAUUUCUUAUCGGAUACCCUCAAAUAGGUUUCAUUUUUAAAUACACAAUUCGUUAGUUAAGUGUCGUUAAACUUACAUUGGCACUGCUUUAUUAUGACUCAAUAAUGAACGCUGUGUGCAGUGUGGUUGGGGUUUGUGUUUAUGCCAAGCAAGAGCACAUUUAACGAACAGUGACAUCUCAUCGAAAUUAACCAAAGAUGAAGCUUUGGCUUUGUGCUGUUCAAAUAUAAAUAAUUCUACAAGCUGGCAAUAAAGUUGUGUGUAGUGCAGCACGUUGGGGUAAGAGAGGUCUCAACAUCCUGUUAUAAAUCUUUAGACGGAAGUAGAUGUUUGCAGAUAUCCCAGAACUGAGAGUUUGAAAACACUUGUUACUGAUAACCCCACAUCUUUUCUCAUGUGGUAGAAUUGUUUACAAAACUUAGUUGUUGCAAUUAAAACAGAAUGGAUUUGUUUUAAACUACCAUCUCUUGAGAUAGCAGGCACUGAGAUAUAACAUUGAUAUUUUAUUUGUGCUUUCUGAAAUAUCUUCAAGAAAUUGGAUUUGCAUGAUUAUUUUUAAGUUCUACCUUUGGCCGUGUCAUGAUCAGCUGGACAUUGUCGUAAACAGAUGAGACUAUCCAUGCUUUUCUCUGUUCUGUUUCUGUCUCUCCUUUGUGCCUGUAAAGAUUCUUUUUUAAUGUAUCAAACUCCUAUGGCAUACACAGUACAUACAGUAGUCAUGACUUUGGAAAAAAUAUACUUGUAACAACUAUUAAAAGUAUUUCAACCAAAGCAUCAGGCUUUAUCUUUUAUAUCUGAAGCCUGCAGUGUUCACAUUCCUUCUCUCUAUCAUUUCUCUUCAUCUUAAAUACCAUGUACGUGCUGUAGAAACUUGUCUUAAUUCAUUAUUUUUGUGACUAAGCAGCUUUUGCAUCCAUCUGGCUCUUAGCAGUUCUGCUCAGACAAGUAGGUGGGAACAUGUUGCUUAACAUAAUUUGAUGGCCAAGGGAAAAAUUGGAUUCAUAUGAAAGGAAUCAGUUAUCUAAUAAUAGAUACAUCACUGAGUCAAGAUUUGUGUUCACAUUUAAUUUGCAUUCAAUUAAAAAAAAUAAUUAUAAGUCAAACUAUAAGAUGCGUAAAUGUGCAUCCUUUCUGGUUUUUAAUAAUAACUAACAAAAAAACAGAAUUUACAGACAUUAUGCUAAAACUAUUUUGCUGUCACUGGAAGCUCUGUUGGGUUUCGUAUUUAAUAAGCAGUAACCAGCAAUAUACUUUUAAAUGUGGAGAAACUGAGUGGUUUUAAGGUGUUUACUAGUAUCAGUAUAAAAUGUAUAAUUUGCUAAUUUGGGUAAUAAAUGAAGUGUUAAAAUACUAUUUGUAGUCUUGAUGUACAGAAAUAAAAUAAUUGUUUUCUUUUUGGUUUUGA